UUUAGGUAUAAAAAGCGAUAGAUUCCAAAAGAAAUUAUCAGUCAACUAUCUCAUCUCAUCUAUUCAAUUACAUUGAAAUUGAAAAGUUACGAUUAACAAAAUGGCUUUAAGACUAGCCAAUUUAAGUGUUUUACUUUUAUUAUUAUUCAACUAUUUCUCAGAAAGUGCUAGUAGUGGUCCUUGUGCUGGUUAUUGUCCUGAUAAUGUUGAUACCGAUUUUACUCCUGAUCAAGAUGACUUUAUUAUGCCCGAUAUGCUUAUUGGAAUGCCAGACAUUAGUUCAAUCGAUAAUAUGAUGAAAAGGUUAAAAACAAUGACAUCUGAAUCCAAGUCUAAAUCUGAUUCUAGUUCUAUUACUGGAACUGAUACUAAUUCUGGUUCUAGCUCUAGCGCUGCUUCCAAUUCUGGUGCUGCUUCAAAUUCUGGUGCUGAUUCUGCUUCUGGUGCUGCUUCCAAUUCUGGUGCUGAUUCUAAAUCUGGUGCUGAUUCUGCUUCUGGUGCUGAUUCUGCUUCUGGUGCUGCUUCCAAUUCUGGUGCUGAUUCUAAAUCUGGUGCUGAUUCUAAAUCUGGUGCUGAUUCAAAUUCUGGUGCUGAUUCUAAAUCUGGUGCUGAUUCUGCUUCUGGUGCUGAUUCUGCUUCUGGUGCUGAUUCAAAUUCUGGUGGUGAUUCUAAAUCUGGUGCUGAUUCAAAUUCUGGUGCUGAUUCUAAAUCUGGUGCUGAUUCAAAUUCUGGUGCUGAUUCUAAAUCUGGUGCUGAUUCUGCUUCUGGUGCUGAUUCUGCUUCUGGUGCUGAUUCUGCUUCUGGUGCUGAUUCUGCUUCUGGUGCUGAUUCCAAUUCUGGUGCUGAUUCUAAAUCUGGUGCUGAUUCUAAAUCUGGUGCUGAUUCAAAUUCUGGUGCUGAUUCUAAAUCUGGAAUGAUUCCCACUGAUAUGAUUGGUGUUGGUGCUCUUGCUGGUGCUGGUGCUGGUGCUGGUGUUGGUGCUGGUGUUGGGGCUCUUGCUGGUGCUGGUGCUGUUGUGCUGGUGUUGGUGCUUGCUGGUGCUGGUGCUGGUGCUGGUGGUGCUGGUGUUGGUGCUGGUGUUGGUGCUGGUGUUGGUGCUGGUGUUGGUGCUGGUGCUGGUGCUGGUGUUGGUGCUGGUGUUGGUGCUCUUGCUACUUCUAAUGCUGAUUCUGAAUCCGAUUCUGGUGCUGAUUCUGUCUAUAGAAAAGGAUCUGGUUCAAGUUCAAGCUCAAGUUCAGGAUCAACUGGUGGUCCAAGCUCUAACGGUAAAAAAGAUUCAACAACUCAAUCUUCUGCUAGUUCUGCUGCUUCAUCUACCGGUGAUAAAUCGAAAUCAGGUGAAGCUUCUAAAUCAUCCAAUGGAUCUGGUUCCAGUUCUAGUAAAGGAUCAAGUUCAACUUCAACUUCAGAAUCAACCAGUGGUUCAGAUUCUAACGGUAAAAAAAAUACAAAUUCCGCCGCUCAAUCUUCCGCUGGUUCUUCUGCUUCAUCUUCUACCAGUGAUUCAGGCUCUAACGAUAAACAAAGUUCACCCGCUAAAUCUUCAUCUAGUUCUGCAGCUGCUUCAUCAUCUUCUAGUGAUGCAUCAAAAUCAGGUAAAGCUCCUCAGUCCAACACUGGAUCUGGUUCGAGUGCUAGUUCAGGGUCGAGCUCGGGCUCUGGUGGAGAUUCAAAAGGCCCCUCAAAUAGUGUAGCUAAAUCAUCUUCAUCUUCAAAGUCCACCACAAACAAUAACGGAAUAGGACAUGCCCCAGGUUCAGGAUCAUCUCCAUCAGGAUCACCAAAACAAGGUAAAGGUAAAUUAGGUCCAAUACCAAUGGGACCUAAUUCAUCUUCGAGCGCAACUUCUAUGGCAAAAGCCAAUUCAGGUCCUAAGAAAGGCUCAAUCCAAAAGGUUCAUCAGAUUCUGAUAUCAUAAGUGUCGAAACCCCAGUCAUGGGUAUUAAGAUGUCAGCCCCCGCCUUUGCUGGCUAAAACUGUUGCUGAAACUUUUAUUGUUCAUGUUUUAAGAAAAUCGUUAAUAAUUAAUAAAAAAUAAAAAAAAAUCAUAUUUGCCAA